CAUGUCACACACACAUCUUCUAACAUAUAACUCAGUUGUUAUUACUUGUUUGCUUAUCUUAUAACACGUUUUUUUUUUUGCUUUCAUUAUGGAAUGUACUAAUAAUAAGCAUCCUUUUCUUUUCUUGUUCUGGCUAGUGUUCCUCACUCCUUUAGUGUGCUCUCAACUUUACUAUAAUUUCUACGACUCAACUUGCCCAAACCUCACCAGAAUCGUUAGAUACAACGUUUUGUCAGCUAUGAACAAUGACACAAGGAUUGCAGCUUCUCUCCUGCGCCUUCAUUUCCAUGAUUGUUUCGUCAACGGAUGUGAUGGAUCUGUGCUGCUUGAUACAACCAGCACUUUUACUGGGGAGAAAAAUGCUCGGCCUAACAAGAAUUCAGUGAGAGGAUUUGAGGUGAUUGACACAAUCAAAUCAGCAUUAGAGAAGGCAUGUCCAGCCACUGUGUCAUGUGCUGAUAUACUAACUCUAGCUGCAAGAGAAGCUGUUUUUCUUAGUAAAGGGCCAUUUUGGGUUGUCCCUCUUGGUCGUAGAGAUGGCACGACAGCAAGUGAGAGCGAGGCAAAUAAUUUGCCAUCACCCUUUGAUCCACUUGAAAAUAUUACAGCCAAGUUCGUUGCCAAAGGUCUUGAAUUGAAGGAUGUAGCAGUGCUCCUAGGUGCACACACCUUUGGGUUUGCACAAUGCUUUACAUUCAAGGCAAGGCUAUUCAACUUUGGUGGAACUGGUAAAUCGGAUCCAACACUAGAUGGUUCACUACUACAGAAUCUACAAAACCUAUGUCCAAACCAAGCUAGCUCUGACACAAACUUGGCACCCUUGGAUCCUGUGACAACCAACACAUUCGACAACAUGUAUUACAGAUUCAGAGACUUUGCUGUUUCUAUGGAGAAAAUGGGCCGCAUUAGUGUGCUCACUGGACAACAGGGCCAAGUAAGGACUAAUUGUAGGUUUGUCAACUAAACAAAAACACUCCAUGUUUGGAUUUGAAUUAGUAGUGUCUCAUCAUUUGUGUUUUUUUUUUUUUUUGAAAACAAACACUUUAAUUUGAAAGUGAGGCUUUGGUUAAUGUCCAAUAUAUUUGACAAAAAAAAAAAAAACUUUUAUUUGUAAAAGGGGAAAUUAAAAGAAAUAUCACCUUUGUAGAUUUGUAUCAAAGUGGAACAAUAUUGUAUCAUCAAGUAAUAAUGGCAAUAUUGCAUAAAUAAUGUUUUAAGCC